AUGGCUCAAAGAAGACUGUCCGAAGUGGACUCUUACACUCAGAAAAGAAGCUCGGGUGACAAGUCGAACGAUACUGGCUCUCAGAACAACGACUUGAAGGCUCACCCAGACUUCCAGCAUGACUUGAAGACGACUGAGUCGGUGGCUUCUUCUGCUACUGACACUUCCACCGUCAAGACCAAGUCCUUUGGUAUUCGUAAGUCUGAGCUUGUCAUGGCCCAGUUGCAGUCCUGGUGGCUCAAGGGUGCUUUCUUCUUUACCAUCUUCAUCUGCCUGUACAUCAGUUUGUUGGAGAACUCCAUCGUCAGAGUGUUUGAUGGUUAUGCUACAAACGACUAUAAGCAGCACUCGCUUAUGUCUACUAUUGGUGUUAUCAGAAGUGUGGUUGCUGCUUCUUCGUUGCCAUUCUACGCCAGAUUGUCUGACAACUUUGGUCGUUUCGAAUUGUUCCUUGUUGCCAUGAUGUUCAGAAUUGUCGGAAGAGUCAUCCAGUCUCAGGCUGUUGACGUCCAGAAGUACGCUGCCGGCACGGUCUUUUUCUCCUUUGGUAACUCUGGUAUGAGAAUCUUGUGGCAGAUCAACUUGUCUGACGCUUCUACCUUGAAAUGGAGACUUAUGGCCAUGUCUAUUAUCUUCAUGCAGAGUAUCAUCACCACCUGGUCGAGUGGUGAGAUUGUGAGCUUGGUUUUGGGUAACGAGGACUGGAAGUGGGGUAUUGGUAUGUGGGCCUUCAUUACGCCUUUGGUGUGUCUUCCUUACAUGUUGAUCUUCCUCUACUUGAUUAUCAAGGCUUCCAGAACUGAGGCAUGGCAUCUUAUUAAUCGUGAGAAGCAGCAGAGCUUCUUGGAGGGCAACAAAAGCGCAAAGAGAUACCAAGAAGAGAUUGACACUGCCACUUCCUUUGGAGGUAGAGCAGCCGGUCACAUUAAGCUUCAAAGCGCCCGUCUUGUGCGUAACUUGUACGAGAUCUUCUGGAAGGUCGACUUCAUUGGCUGCCUUUUGCUUGCAACCAUUCUUGGUCUUAUUUUGGUCCCAUUGACUUUGGCUGGUGGUACCCACUCCAAAUGGCAACAAGCUGACACCAUUGUGCCUCUUGUUAUUGGAUUCUGCAGUAUCCCUCUCUUCGUCUUCUGGGAAACAAAGGUUACCAAGAGACCAAUGCUUCCAUUCAAGGUUAUGACGGACCGUGGUGUCUGGGCUGGUUUCUUGGUGGCUAUCUUCAACUCGGUGGUUAUGGCCAUGCCUAACUCUUACUCCUAUCCUGUUUUGCUUGUCGGAAUGAACGCUUCUGAGACUGUUGCUACCCGUACCGGUCAAUUGAACGGUUUUGUUGAAGGUAUUGCUGUUCCAAUUGUUGGUUUCGUGUUGUCUCGUGUUAGAAGAACCAAGCCUUUCAUUCUCUUUGGCAGUUGUGUGUUGUUCGUUGCCAUGGGCUUGUUUGUCCACUUCAGAGGUUCUAACGACGGUUACCGUGCUAAGUACUUCCGCGAUGGUGUUGCUGUUGGUAUGUGUCUUCUCGGUUUCUCCAACACCUUCUUUGCCAGAGUCACCACUGUUUCUGUUCAGUCUUGUACCAACCACGAGUACAUGGCUACCGUGAUUGCUGUUUUUGCUGCCUGCUACCACAUUGGUGGAGGUAUCGGUAGUUCCAUCUCUGGUGCUAUCUGGACACAGCAGAUGUUUGGCAUGAUCCGUCACCACAUGGAGGACUUGGGCGUGGACCCAAGCUUGGCCAAAUUGGCCUACCAGUCUCCAUACAACUUUAUCAAGAACCACGAAUGGGGUACUGAACCCAGAAGAGCCGUCAGUUUGGCUUAUGCUGAGCUCCAGAAGAGACUUUGUAUCACUGGUCUCUGUCUCUGUGUUCCAUUGUUGGUCUGGGUCUUCUGCUUGAGAGAUAACAAAUUGGCUGACUCUCAGAACUUGGACGACGAGGCCUUGCUCAUGAGUGAAGGUGCUGAGAAGGCUGGAGAGGUGAAGAAGUCCCAGGUCGUGUUCAAGGAAGAUGAUGAUAUCAUCUUGAACUUCAUCAAGAAGCUGUUCGGAAGACUCAAUGUCUUCUCUAAGAAAUAA